CUUGUAUAUAAAUUGUUCAAAUGUCUGGAGACAGAAGCUCCCUGAACUAAGAAGCUGAAGACAUCCAUAGAGGUCAUCAAAGCUUGGAUUUUCUAGGCACUACAUGAGAAGAGCCCAAGGAAAAACAGGACACUCAUGACCUUGGACAAUAAGACAAUGGACUUUAUAGAGACAAAGCUUUGCUUGCUUGCUGGAUAGCUGAUCCCGUUUCUGGUGUAAUUUCAGGAUUGCUCUAAAACACUAGCUCCAGACCUACACGUCCAUGAUGCCUCCUACCACCUUGGCCAUAGUGUGGUUGGCAUGCCUAAUAUUUGGUGUUUACAGCCAGUAUUCCCCAACACCACAGUAUCUGGAAGAAAUCUCAGAGCUGUCACAGACAUUAAAUCAGGAAAAAGCUGGGCACCUUGUACAGCUGGGCACAAACCAAAGCCCUAAUGCAAGUCAACAGUCUGAAGAUAUUGGAAAUAUGCCACCUCAAAGACCACCACCUUGUCUAUCCCGCUCUAAAAUCAAGCAUGCUUUUAAGUAUGUCAGCACCAUAUUGUCCUGUGUCAUUUUCCUUGUGGGGAUUGUGGGAAAUUCAACACUUCUAAGAAUUAUUUACAAGAAUAAAUGCAUGAGGAAUGGUCCUAAUGUACUCAUUGCCAGCCUGGCACUGGGAGAUCUUUUCUACAUACUAAUCGCUAUUCCCAUCAAUAUUUAUAAGCUUCUAGCUGAAAACUGGCCAUUUGGGGUCCACGUGUGUAAGCUGGUUCCAUUCAUCCAGAAGGCCUCAGUGGGUGUUACAGUCCUGAGUCUAUGUGCGCUGAGCAUAGACAGGUAUCGUGCUGUGGCUUCUUGGAACCGAAUACAGGGCAUUGGAAUUCCAGUUUGGAAGGCCAUAGAACUCACUUUGAUCUGGGCUGCGGCCAUCAUUCUGGCUGUCCCAGAAGCCAUUGCCUUUGAUUUGGUCGAACUGGAUUUUAGGGGACAAAUUAUACGAGUAUGCAUGUUGCCACGAGAGCAGGCAUCGGCUUUAUUGACGUUUUAUCAAGAAGUGAAGGUAUGGUGGCUUUUUGGUUUUUACUUCUGCCUUCCUUUGGCCUGCACCGGAAUCUUCUACACAUUAAUGUCCUGCGAGAUGCUAAGCAUGAAGAAUGGCAUGAGAAUAGCGCUCAAUGAUCACAUGAAACAGAGAAGGGAAGUGGCAAAGACAGUGUUUUGCUUGGUGGUGAUCUUCGCACUCUGCUGGCUUCCUCUCCAUGUGAGCAGUAUCCUGAAGAAAACUGUAUAUGAUGGAACAGAUCCACACAGAUGUGAACUUCUCAGCUUUUUCUUAGUCAUGAAUUACAUCGGGAUCAAUAUGGCCUCACUUAAUUCCUGUAUAAAUCCAGUUGCACUCUACUUUGUCAGCAGGAAAUUUAAAAACUGUUUCCAGUCUUGCCUCUGCUGCUGGUGCCACAGGCCAAGCCUCGCUAUCACUCCCAUGGAUGAAAAGGGCUCUGGCGGGAAGUGGAAAGCUAAUGGACAUGACUUAGUCCUGGAUCGCAGCAGUUCUCGUCUGACAAACAAAUACAGUUCUUCCUGAAAACCAGAUAAUGCCACAAUGGACCAGAAACCACAUUUCCCUACCUGAUCUUUGCCUACUGUAUAUAUGAUAUCAGACAUGGCAUGAAUGCCUUCUGAGCUGUAUAUAU